AUGGGUGUUGUAAAUGUUGAACAAGCAAGGAUUGAAGAAGGAGUUGACGCAGUAGCUGUUGUGGCUUUAGAACACGUAUCAGCUGAUAUUAGAAAAGAAGAAGAUAAAGAUAGCAGUCAAAAUUCCACAAUUAAUGUUGAUUACAUUGAUGAAUCUCAAGUACUUAUGCCAGCUGAUCAAUGUUAUCAUAUAAAUAAAGACGAUUUCAAAGUUCCAUUUGCAUGUGGAGCUAAGAAUUUAGGUGAAGCAUUUCGAAGAAUCACUGAGGGUGCUGCACAAGAGGCACCUUGUGGUUUAUUACUGAAAACUAUUGAAUUGAAAGGAUUUCCGUUUGUAGGUCCUGGAAUAUUUAAAUUUGGUGAUCCAGCAAAGAGAGCUAAAGCGGACCCCCUUAUAGUCACACCCCUUCGGGGAGAUGCUAAUGCUGUGACUAUAAGUAGUGAAUGUGCUUAUAGAAAGGGAUAUAGUUAUGAUUCUUUAAUAUCUUCUUCAGUGCAAUCUUUAUUGACACCAUCAACAACAUUGCCUAUUUCCUAUGCAUUCAUAGCACCUGUUGGGCCCCCAGUUUUAUUUGUUUAUGGUUAUUCUGAUCAAUUUACUAGUGUUUAUAAAGAAUAA